AUGCUUGUUCUCCUGGACCUGAGAGAAGCUCUGAGUCUUCCCACACUAUGCAAAAACGUGCUCAGAAGGAGGCUAGAUCUACUUCUAGUGACAUGGGCAAAAGAAAUGCACUCAGAUCAUGAUUUCAUUACGGAGUGGCAGUUUCCAUUUGAAACUAACAAGCAAAAUUAUUCCAAUCUUCAGUGUCAAAUGAUCCUUCAGAAAUCAUGGCAAGAGGCUGUCCAGUGUAAAAGUCUUGAUGAGAGGGAGCACAUGUGCCAGCAUGUGUUCAGAGGUCAUGAUGAAGAGUAUGAGCUUCUUGAAGUGCUGAAGUUCUUGAUGCUGAGGACUGCCAUUCAGUUGCACUCAGAUAUGGAGAAGGGCUCUGAUGUACCACAGUUCUGCUGGCUCCUCUUUGCUCGUGACUUGUCUAAAUGCCCCAAGACAUUCUUCACCAACCACCUCAGACAUGUAGGCUUUAGUGGUGGGCUGGAACAGGUGGAGAUGUGCCUCCUGAGUAAUUCCCUUCAAGAGACGAUCCGGGUUGUUCGGCUGUACAAGUGUGACACUGAAGAGUUUAUUACAUACUACCCAAACGACCACAAGAAUGCCAGUCCUCUAUGCUUGCUUACAGAAGAUGUCGGACACUAUAAUGUACUCGUCCCCAAAAAGUCCUCCAAAUUUGAUGCAUAUGGUAGACCAAAGUGGAAUCCAUCUUCAGAUGGACAACCAAGCAUAACGACCUGUCUUUAAAGCGUAAAUGGCAAUCACACACAAUCUGCUGAACUCAGGAGAUACAAUCCUUCAUGUUUUCCACAUGGCUGUUCUUGAGUUUAAGUUUUGGGAUAUUUUUUCUAUCAUGUUUUAAUUCUUAUAAACUUAAAUAUUUGCUUAUCUG